GUAGGCCAGUUCGGAUGGUCCCGUGUUCGAAGAAUUGACUAGCGAGUUUUAAGAACCGCUCUUUACAACUCGGGGAAGUGGUUUUGUAAAAUAUUUUCUCUUUGCGUACCGCAAAAAAAAAAAAAACGGGAAAAGCGUUAUGUCAACCUGUAUUGGGAAAUUGUCCAGUUCGCAGCCAUGCGUAUUUAUCAUUGAGGUAUUAUCUAUCAGCUUGCCAUUCGUCAUACAGGGCAAAGGUCGAAAAAUUUGCAAGUUUUAAAGGGAAUCGUAAUCUCUCAAGUUGGUGAUUUCAUUCUCACGAUCACAACGAUGGAACAAACGUCAAGUGUAAUCAAGGUCGUUCCAAUGAUGAAAUUACUGGCAGGGGUAGAAGAAUGCGCCAAGCAAGGAACGGCGACUGGAAACGGCCACGUGGCGGGUACCACGAGGGAAAGACAGGGUGUCAAGGCAGCCCAGGAAGACGGAAAGCCCCUGGUAGCUGAGUUGACCAAAGAGAACGAUAACCCGGCAAGUUCCGGGAUCAAGGAAACGUCAGCCUUCGAGGAUGAGGAAAGAAUGCGAAGGAUACUGCCGUUCGCAGAGGCACCUGAAUACCUCCAGUUCAAUCCGUACAUCUUGCACGGUUACCGAGGAUACUUGACCACCAAAUUGUGCCUUGAAAGUAUAUUUUGGUGGACGAACGAGACGAUAAACAUAUGGAGCCACAUAUUCGGCUGGAUGCUGUUCCUCGGAUUAACGCUCUACGAUCUCUGUUUGCUCAACAUACACGCGCCGUUCGGUGACAAGCUGAUCGUCGCUCUCCUGCUCAUAUGCUUUCAGGCAUGCAUGAUCCUGUCUUCCAUGUACCACACAUUUUCCUGCCGGAGCGAGAAGGACUACUGGUGUUUCCUGUCCUUCGACCUCUUCGGCAUCGCCCUCAGUCUGCUGGCGAUCUACAUGUCGGGAGUUUACUACGCCUUCUGGUGCCACAAGGAACUUCAGGAGUUCUACCUGAUUACCGUACUGCUGAUAUUCGUCGUGGCGAUGCUACUGCAAGUACCGAAGUUCAACGUGAACGGGAACGUCAAAUUGCUGGUAUUCGUCGCGUGGGCGGCAUACGGUGUCCUGCCAACCCUUCACUGGAGCAUCGCCAUGGGGGGGAUGGAGAACCCGAUGGUGGCAAUGCUGCUGCCCAGGGUACUCGGCAUGUACGUUAUAAGCGGGGGUGCCUUCCUCAUAUACAUGAGCCGUGUACCGGAGCGUUUUUUCCCCGGGUCCGUCGACUACAUCGGCUCGUCCCAUCAGUGGUGGCACGCCCUCGUCGUCGCGGCUCUCUACUACUGGCACAACACCGGAAUGCUCUACGUCGAGUACAGACUGAACCACGGAUGUCCAAAUAACAUGCGACUCUGACACGGGGAUUCGGCUACUUCGAACUCGGGACCGUAUUUUUCGAUGGAGUGUGCCUGCGCCAUGGAGCUCAAGACUUGGCGGUCGGGUUGGUACAAGAAGGGAAUCCCUUUCUAUGCUAGAGAAGCUUUGGAAAGUUGCAUCUUGGAGGAUCCGAUAUCCUCCUACAUCGCUCUACGCGGUGGGACUUGACGUGGUGGACGUUUGUGGAGAUUGACAGUUCCGUAAUGCCGGUUCGCGUCUUGUGACGAACAUCGCUCAGCUCAAGGUUGCAGGAUCGCACUGCAUUCGCGCCGUCGGAGUGAGAUAGCCGUUUGUUUUUACGUAAAAAGAGAACCUUUACGCAAUCGGACGAGUCAGUUCAUUGUUGAAACGGAACAAAUACGGAAGAAAAUGAACGAAACGGGAAUCGAGAUGUCGAGUCAAUUCAAAGAAAUUUAGGGUCAAUGCGAAUAUUGUGUUCAUUUUCAUUUUAAUUUUUCACCGAAUUAAAAAAGAAAAACACGCUUAAUGAAUCUGAAAUAGUAAAUUGACGUGAAGGGUUUAGAACAUUUCAAUACAGCUAUGGUAUACUUUUAUGGAACUGUGUGCGACUCUUUGUUGGUAUUGGAGAAAAAAUUAAAACAAAAAUAUAUACCACAUUGAUUGCGAGUCGCGCUAUUGCUCCAUUUUUUUGUUCUGAUGAGCUGUUCUCAUGCGUCUGAAUACUUACAUUACACAAACAUAUUAUCUAUACGUGAUUCAGUGAUAAUAAUUCGUAAGAUUUUUAUACUAUAUUAUAGUAGCUUGUAGGUAUACGUGAAAUAAUUUUCUUGUCAAGUUGUUGUUUUGUAAUUUUAGUUAAAUAAUUGAUAACGGUUGCACCAGGGAAUUAUUUACACUUAUUGUACAGUCCCUGAUGUGGCGAAUCCUUAGUGCCUUGGUAACACGGCAAUCAAAUGUUUUCCUGCCGUUUCAGCAGUAUUCAAAAUACACGCGAGGCAAGAAAUCCGUAGAAAUGUAGCGAGGUUGGAUGAAUUUUUCCUAGGAUAUAAAAUUUUCAUGUACCUAAUCGAACACACUUGCUUAAACACUUCGUUCGCUGAGUAUAAAAGUGUGCAAGUGAACAAGUCAGUUUCUAAGUGUAUAAUUUAGUAUACUCGAAGGGUGCGUUUCAUCAUGCCAAACCUUUGAGAAGCAUCAAUCAUACACACACAGCAUAUUGCACUAUACGGUACACACCCUAUGCUAAUGAAUUAAUUGUUGUUAAUCCUGUUAUAAAUUAUUGAACAAUAUAUUUAUGGUAGCACGAA